UGGUGCGCUGUGUCCCUCGGACACGGCGGAUCACCGAUCAAAGGAAAGAGCCGAAGAUGUUGGCUCGGUCAUGUGAUCAGCUAUGUCCAAUCACAGCUGAUCACAUAGGGGACACCUACACCGAUCAUCAGGGCACUGAUGAUCAGCCCCAGCAGUGCCACCUGUCAGCGUCCAUCAGUGCCAGCUGUCAGUGCUCAUCAAUGCCACCUGCCAGUGCCCAUCAGAGCCACAUCUAUGCCACAUAUCAAUUCCUACCAGUGCACAUCAAUGCCACAUAUCAGUGCCCAUCUGAGCUGCCUUUCAGUAUUACUGAUCAGUGCCACCUAUCAAUGCCAGUCAGUGCUACCUAUCAGUGCCACCAAUCAGAGCCAGUCAGUGUGCAUAUCAGUGCCAGUCAGUGCCACCUAACAGUGCCAGUCAGUGCUGCCUAUCAAUGCCACCUAUCGGUGCCACCUAUCAGUGCC